AUCCUUGUAUUAUUAUUGAUGGUCAGAAUCAGCCAAUCACUGUCAACGUCACAAUUGCGAUCGUCGUUUUGGUGUACAGCCUGAGCCUGUGCCCUCGUGCUUCACCGAACUUUCACGGAGUUGAAUUUCCGUUCCACCUACUCUGCGUGUAGAGUAUUUCAAAACCUCACCAGAGAAGAGAAGCCAAACACAAAUCAACCAAAAGCCAUGGAAGAAGACACAAUAGUCCUCUACGCAGCUCCAGGAAUGGGGCACAUAAUCUCCAUGGUUGAGCUAGGCAAGCUCAUUCUCAAUCGCUACCCCGAAAAAUUCUCCAUCACUAUUCUCUACACCUGCGGUAGCUUUGUGGAUACUCCAAGCAUCCCCGCCUACAUCCGCCGUAUCUCCCUAGCCCAUCCUUCCAUGUCCUUCCGCCAAUUCCCUCGCGUUCAAAAUGAAAAUACAUCAUUAAUUGGCCGCAGCGGCGCUGCCAUAAUGUUCGAUUUCAUCCGCCGGAAUGAUCCUCAUGUCCGCCUCGCCCUCCAAGAGAUCUCCAAAUCUUCCGCCAUUCGCGCUUUUAUCAUCGACAUCUUCUGCUCCUCGGCGCUGCCAAUGGCGAAGGAACUUGGCAUUCCCACCUACUAUUUUUACACUUCUGACGCUGCAACUCUUGCGGCUUUUCUGUAUUUCCCGACAAUUGGGGAACAAACCACCAAGAGCUUGAAGGAUCUAACCGAGACUGUUUUCGAGUUUCCCGGGUUUAAGUCUCCGAUCAAGGCCUCCCACAUGCCUGAGCCAAUGCUUGACCGAGACGACCCUGCGUAUUGGGACAUGCUCUACUUUUGCUCACACCUUCCCAAAUCUAAUGGGAUCAUAGCCAACACGUUCGAAGAGCUGGAGCCUCCUGCAGUCCUCAAAGCCAUUGCUGGAGGUCUCUGUGUUCCUGAUGCUCCCACUCCUCCCGUCUUCUACAUUGGGCCAUUGAUUGCUGAAGAAAAACAAUCUGGUGAUGCCGCUGAGGGGGAAGUUUGUUUGUCAUGGCUUGAUAAACAGCCAAGUCGAAGCGUGGUGUUCCUCUGUUUUGGAAGCAGGGGAUCAUUCUCAGGGGCUCAAUUGAAGGAGAUGGCAAAUGGGUUGGAGAAGAGUGGGCAGAGGUUUUUGUGGGUGGUGAAGAAGCCUCCCCUUGAUGAGAAAACCAAGCAGGUCCAUGGAGUUCAUGACUUUGAUUUGGAGGGUUUGUUGCCAGAAGGGUUCUUGGAGAGGACCAAAGAUAGGGGUUUGGUGGUGAAGUCAUGGGCUCCGCAGGUGGCGGUGUUGAAGAAGGAAUCGGUGGGCGGGUUUGUGACGCAUUGUGGCUGGAACUCGGUUCUUGAAGCGGUGAUCGCCGGCGUGCCGAUGGUGGCGUGGCCGCUCUAUGCAGAGCAGCACAUGAAUAGGAGUGUUUUGGUGAAGGAAAUGGAGUUGGCGAUUGCUGUGGAGCAGAGAGAGGAAGAUGGGUUUGUAUUUGGGGAUGAAUUGGAGCGAAGGGUUAGGGAGCUGAUGGAGUCGGAAAAAGGGAGAGAGCUUAGAGAAAGGAGCAGGAAAAUGGGAGAGAUGGCUUUGGCUGCUUGGGGUGAGUCUGGUUCGUCCACUAGAAACUUGGUCAACUUUGUUAAUAGCAUUACAUAAGUUCCGGAUUGCAUAAGUAAAUUACCAAGGGAGCACCUUCUCGUGGUUAACAAAUUUUCACUCUGUAUAUAAUCAUAAUCUGAACCGUCAUUUUCAUGUAUGUAAAAUAUCAAUGAAAUUGGAGAGUGUUUAGUUA